UUUUGGUUGAUAGCGCCCUCUAUCCUUUCGGCGUUUGACAGCCAUUUUGUGAACUUCUCUGUUCCAUAUCCAAACGUUAAAACAUAAUCAUGGAAAACGACGCUGGUGAAUUCGUUGAUUUAUACCGCCCGAGAAAAUGUUCUGCUAGCAACAGAAUUAUUCACGCUAAAGAUCACGCCUCAAUUCAAUUGGCGAUUGUUGAUGUUGAUCCCGUUACGGGAAGGAUGACGGACACAACUAAAAAUUACGCUUUAUGUGGGGCUAUUCGACGAAUGGGAGAAUCCGACGAUUGUAUUGUUAGGUUAGCUAAAAAAGAUGGUUUACUUGCACCCAAUUUUUAAGGUUUAUUUAAUCAUGUUGUUUAUAAGAUCUUUAUAUGAAUAAAUAAAUCCAAAAAAAUGUGAA